CGAAAAAGAAGAAGAAAAAAAGAACGAGAAGAAGAAGAAAAAACAAUUUUAACUCGUACCUUAACCAGGGUCACCAUCCGUUCUUAAAAAAUGACUUAUAUCAAUAUUCUGCGGCCAUUACGACCGCGUUUUGUCCUCUUUCCCGGAUGCACGCGCUUCCCGCCCAUCCGCCAUGCAGCUCAGGCGUCCGCGUGCUGUCUGCGAGGAUCUAACAAGCCGCUUCUUCAGCUUUCCGCUGCGGCGGAAAGGCCGUUCUCUGUCCCGGUAAAGGUGUGGUCCAAAUGUUUGAGCAGCCGCUGUCUCUCCACAACAACGCCCCCAAAUGAGGGGAAUCUGAUCUACAUUGGCAGCAUGGGUGGUGUUGUUCGUGGCGUGAAGUUUUUCUCCUACAGCACCAGUUUAGCCACCCUCUGCCUCGUGCCUCCGAUCCUCCUCAAAACUGCACUUGCGGUCCAGGGCUUGGCUGUUCAGGUGGCCUUUUGCAGUUGCAUGAGCUUCUUUACCUUCCUCACGCCCAUCCUUCUCCAUCUUCUCACCAAAGGCUACGUGAUCAGACUGUACCACAACCCCGACAGCGACAUGUACACUGCCGUCACCUACAAUGCUUUUAUGUUUGAAAAGAAAACCGUGUUCCAUCAAAGUCAGGUCCGUGUCCCAUCUGUCAGCAGGAUGUUCACCACCUUCUACGCUGGUCAAGCAGGGCUGCUGGUGAACCCAGACUAUUUCGAGCUUCCGCAGGACUACAACCACUUAAUGGGCUACGACAAGCCCUUCAGCUUCAGCCCAGACCACAUUGACCCCGACAGGAGCUGACACACACACACUGAUGUGUAGUUGUGUUGUCCAGCUGAAAGAGGAGACAUUCGCUCUUGAUGCAGAAACUGCUUCUCUACCAGUGUUAAUAAAUUACCAACCUGUUUUUGUGGCACACAGUCAUUUUAAAUUAAGGUUUGCUUUUAAUUUUAACUUUUGCCUUUCAUAAGGAACUAUUGGUUCUGAAGGAAUGGCUAUUAUUUUUCUCUUAUGUUUUUAUCCUUUCAGUUCAGUUUUAAAAUCUUAAUCAUUUUCUGACACUUCAAAAUUGUUUUUUUGAUUGUGUUUUUAUUUUCAUGUUAACACAGCACAGGAUAACCGUUUUGUAAAUUAUUUCAGUAUUGUGUGGCAGAAUAAAUAAUUUCUGAUUUAGAUUUAAAUACUCUGGCUCAUAGGAUACAAAAUAAAAAAUUUAGAUUAUUCAAAACACUUCAUUUGUUUUCAUGAAGCAAUUAAAAGCAGUUUAGGAUACUAUGUAAUACAAAAAUAUGAAGUAUAAAAUGUACAUUCACACAUACACAACAAUGGUAUGUGAAGAGGAAGAGACAAGUCCAAAUCUACUGCUGUGACAAAUACAGGUGAAUAUUCUUCAAUGUGUCUUCAGGCUAAGGGCCACUCAAACAAAAUGUUUUGUUCAUUCACAGAAAACAGGCCAUUCUUUGACAGUUUAAAAGAUUUGAAACAGACCCUUUGAAAGUGAGUUAGACUAGUCCAGUUUUGCAAGCUGAUGAAGUUAGGCCAGGAGAUAUAAGAUAACGUUUAGGAGAUUUUACAGUCAUGGAACUGGUAACGGAUGACACGUUUAUUGACAUCAAACUAUUUGAACUUCUGUAGAAUCUGGUGUUGGGCAAAGAAUUGUAACAAAAGUCUUCAUGAAGAGUUAAAGUAAAAAAAUAAAAUAAAAACAUUUCCCGAUUUC